UUGACGCCAAACAGAGAACUGAGAACCCGGAAGUGAAGUUCGGGUGGAGGAGGAACCAGGCGGCGCGGACAUGGAGUCGGUUUUCUUCAGGUUUCAAUCCUACGACUUCGAGUCUGAUCAGAAGUUUCAGGACGGACUGAAGGUUUUACCCGAGUCCAACAACGAGAGACAGAAAAGUCAACUGCAAGACAUGAAACUCUUCUUCUACAACAGGUUUGUUGAGCCCAUAGACCGAACGAGCUACAAACAGUGGAGCUCUGCUUCUCCUCAUGUGACACAGACAGAGCAGCGGACGCCUUCAGAUUCAGACUCUGAUCUCAGAAAAAACCAGGUCGUUCAAACGUCCGCAGAGUUGGAGGUGAAGCAGCUUUCUUUUGCUGAGGUGAUGCGACUGGUUCAGGAGGGGAAGGAGGUGCCAGGAGCAAAAAACCUGGACAUAAAACCAAGUAACCAGAGUCCAAGUCCUUCUCAGAUGGAGAGGAGACGGAAACCCUGGGAAACAGCUUCAGCCUCCGAAUGACCCUCACCCCUUUACAGAACUGUGCAUUCAAGAAUAUUUUCUAAUAAAAACUUUAAACUAAA